AAGCGCACAUACACAAACGCAAAUGCACCGAGAAUAAAACUGAAAAAGGGAAACGAAUAAACGUCGGUUCUCUUCUCAAUUCAACACUUGUUAAAUUUCAUUGCGUUUGCGGUUCUUUUUUACAUAAAUUAAACAAAAACAGCGCAUUCAAACUUAAUUAUUUAACUGUGAUCGCCAACAUCUAAAGUAAGAAGCAAGUAAUGUGCGAAAAAAAUAGCCAAAUUUGUAAUUUUUAAACUAAAAAAAUUGCACAAAGCAGACGACGGCAAAGGAAGAAGAAGCAGUCUAAAGCGGCUGCUCCAAACCAACAAGCUUCGCGUAUACAUACAUAUAUUUCAGCAUUUCUCAAAUUUCAAAUAAGACCAACAACACAAAAAUAAAACCUGUGCGGCGGAGUAGAACAGCCAUUACAAGCAAAAAAAAAAGGCCUCAUAAAAAAAACCAUAAGCAAUAAUAUUGUGCAUUAGAAACAGUCAAACAGACAUCGGACAACUGCUAAGAUUGUUUUACAGACUAAAUAAAAUAAACCUCGGCAAGAACAGAGUAAAUUCUCAAUCUCAUUCUCACUGGGACUAAACUUAGCCGCUUAGCCAAACGCUUGGAACUCUAGCAAUGGUCAUGGAUGCGACUCAAUCGCAACAGCCUUCGCCGCAGUCGGUGGGACGCGAGUUCGUGCGUCAGUAUUACACGCUGUUGAAUAAGGCGCCCAAUCAUUUGCAUCGCUUCUACAACAACAACUCGUCGUUCAUACACGGCGAAUCGACAUUGGUUGUGGGCCAACGCGAGAUUCACAACCGCAUACAGCAAUUGAAUUUUAACGAUUGUCAUGCUAAGAUCAGUCAGGUUGAUGCCCAGGCCACUCUCGGCAAUGGAGUUGUCGUGCAGGUCACCGGUGAGCUGUCCAACGAUGGUCAGCCAAUGCGUCGCUUCACCCAGACAUUUGUCCUAGCUGCCCAGUCGCCCAAGAAGUACUAUGUGCACAACGAUAUCUUUCGCUAUCAGGAUCUGUACAUCGAGGAUGAGCAGGAUGGCGAGUCACGCUCCGAAAACGAUGAGGAGCAUGACGUUCAGGUCCAGGUUGUUGACCAGGCCGUCCAGGUUGUAGGCGAAGCCGCACAGCCGCCACAACAGUUGCCCACUCAGGUGGUGCUGCCGCAGCCGGUUGUUCCAGUUGCAGCCGCUGGCGGAGCCGCUGCAGCGCCGCAGCAAAUGUUUUAUCCACUGCCGGCUGGCGCCGCAACUGGACGACCCGUGGCCGUAUUGCCAUCAGCACCACAAGCUGCAGCGGUGCCGCUGCCUGCGCAGUUCACCAACCCGCCGCCGCCAAUCCAGAACGGAGUUGUACCACACGAGGAGUUGCCACAGCAGCAACAGGGACCGCCGCAGGCUUUGGUGCAGGCUAAUGUCUCGCCCUUGGUUCAACAGCAGCCGAGUGGACCCGUGAUGCCGUCCAAUGUUGGCAUUGUGCAACCAGUGCCAGUGCAGCCAGCUGCGGCCUUCCAGCACUCGCCGCUUGUGUCGGCACCGCCUCAGCUGCUGCCACAGCAGCAUCAACAACAGCAGCAGCCACCACCGCAGGCUAUGCAGCAGCCAUUGGAGCCAGAGGAACCGAUUAACAACGAGGCGAAGGUCAGCCACUUGCAAAGGGCAACAACCCCAGUGGAGGACUUCAAGACCAUACAUGAGCAGCAGCAACAGGAGAAAUACGAGGCAGCGAAGCAGCAGCAAAACGAGCCCAAGACCUAUGCCAAUCUGUUCAAGUCUACAUCGUCGUCGCCCAGUGGCUUUGUCAAUGCGGCACUGCAGCAACAACAACAGUUGCAGCAACAGCAGCAGCAGCAACAAACACAGAGCAAUGUUUAUACUCCUUCAACUGGCGGCGGCCAGGCCAGCUACUCUACAACCGCAUCCUCCUCCUAUAACAAUAGCAACAGCAACAACAACACUCGCUUAGAUAAUGGAGGUCCUCUGCCACAGCGCAACAAUUCGAUUAGGAACAAGGAGUUUGAGCAGCGUCGUCCUAGCAAUGCACAACAGUUUGGCGACAAUCAGCAGCUGUUUCUGGGCAAUAUACCACACCAUGCAUCCGAAGAAGAGCUGCGUCAGCUAUUCUCGCGUUUUGGCAAUGUUAUUGACUUGCGUAUUCUAUCCAAAGUCGGCAGCAAGGUGUUGCCGGGCAUGCGCAGUCCACUAAACUAUGGCUUUAUUACCUACGAUGAUCCUGAGGCGGUACAAAAGUGCCUGGCCAAUUGCCCCCUGUACUUCCCAGAGAACUCGCCCGAUGGCCAGAAACUGAACGUUGAAGAGAAGAAACCGCGUAUGCGCAAUGAUAUGCCACCUCGUCAGCCAAUUGGUGGCAACAAUAUGAAUAAUAUGGGUCGCAAUAAUAUGCGGGCUGGUGGUGGCAACAGCGGACCGCGCAUGGGCGGCAAUGGUGGCGCUAGUUUUGGACAGCGCAAUGACAAUCGCAGCAGCGGUGGUGGUAAUCAAUCCAACGGACCGCUGCGCGGUGCCGGCAAUGGACAGACCGGUGGCGGUAAUUAUGGACGCCGUUAAAAUGCGUUAUCAGAACCGGUGGCCUCUCAUUGGAUGGCCGCCAGUGCAGAAAUAACAACAGCAACAACCCAACGUCAGCAUCGAUUUCUUCCAUAAUGCAAACAAUCAAUUACCAUCAUCAACGCCAUGCAGUCACACAGACAGACAUUCAAACACACACACACACGCAUACAUACACCACACAAUCAGCAGUAGCAGCAGCAACAGGAUACAACGCAAAAGAUAAAAAAAAAAUAUAUCUAAUUGUCUUCAUGUUUAAACGUUCCUUAGAGCGAAAACAGCUACAACGAUGGCAACCAUUAAUUGGAGGCAUCGUGCUGCAACAAACAUCAUAAUUUAUACUAUUGGAUCACCCUUUAGUUAAGCUCGCUUUGUGCAGUUUGUUUACUUUUUGUUCUCUUUCAUUAGCCAGCUCGUGCCAAAAAGCAAAAUUCUGUGCAAAUUUUCGUUGUAAAUCUAAAUAUAAACAACAACAAAAACAAAAAACAGCUGCAGCACGCCCUCCAAAAAAAAAAGUUAAAAAAGCGCGCCAACGCCUAAACGCAUAUAUUAUAAGUCAAAUACAUGCAGCCCACCACAAAUACAUGCAAACAUCUGCACUCACACACAUAAACACGCACUCACAUGAACAACUAACUCACACACUCACACAGUGUCACAGAUCUUAGUGUAAAUGUAAACUUUAAUUUCAACUGUCGUUUAAAUUCUUAAUUUUCAAAAUUUUAACUAUAAGUUAACAAGAGAAAUGCUAUAAAAAAGAAGAGAAAUGCAAAUGCUAA